GAAAAGGAAAAUUGAUGAGAAUUGUAAUUUCCCAUGCCCAUAGAAAGAGCAAGGAAUUGAUUUCUUUUCCUUUCCUUUCCGCGAACCAAACGCGGCCUAAAAUAUCCGCAGUGUACAGAGAACAAGCAGAGAGUAACAGACACUCAAAACAGAGGUCCAAAGCCGAACCGACGAACCAAGAGCAUAACAGUUAGAAGAGGAAGACAAAUCAGUUAUCUGGUAAAUCAAAGAUGUCGAUCCACAACGUCCUCCGAACCCUGAAAACUGUGAAAGUAAGAACCCAAGUACCCUUUCAAGAAUUCUUUGAACUAAUCUCUGCAAUCCCAAGUCCCUCAGCUGCUCCAAAACCCUUGAAUCCCACCACCAUUUCCCUCCUCUCCAAGCUCAACCCCAACUCUCUGCACCUCAUCCUCUCAGAACCCACACUCAGCGCCUCCAAAUGCCUUGUCUUCUUCAACUUCCUCCUCAAAAACCAGUCCUUUAUCUCAUUCAAAGUUGACCUCCAAGCCCACUUGACUCUCAUUUGCAGGCUUAUCAGGGCAAGAAAGAUCGCACAUGCCGAGCAAGUUUUCAAGUCCAUAUCGGUUGAUCAAAAUUCCAGGUACCCAUUUCGUGCCAUUGCUUCUUGUGUUGAAAUGUGUUGUCUUGAACCUGUGGUUGAAGCCAAGUUGUUCAAUUUGAUGCUUAAAGUUUACUCUGAUAUCAAAAAUUUCGAUGGAGGUUUGGAGGCUUUUGAUUACAUCAAGAGUAUUGGGAUUCGGAUAGAUGAGAGGACAUAUAAUUUUUUUGCGGUUGCUAUGAACAGAGCUGGUGAGGUGGAAAAGGGUAUAGAUUUCUUGUAUAGAUUGUUAUAUUCGGGCACUGGGGUCUCUGUGUAUUGUUUGACAGCUGUGGUGGAGGGGAUGUGUAGGAAUGGAGAGAUUAGAAGGAGUAGAGAGUUGGUGCAGGAAAUGGCUAGUAGAGGAAUUAAACCCAAUAUCAUCACAUUCAAUAUAAUGGUGGAAGCUUGUGCGAAGAGAUGGAACUUUUCGGAGUUGGAUUUGAUUUUGCCUUUGAUGGAAAAGGAAGGAGUUGCGUUUGAUGUCAAGACAUAUGAAUUCUUGAUCGAUGGCUUCACGAGCUCCGGGAAGGUAGAAGAAGCCGAAAGAUUGGUUGGGGAGAUGCAUGACAAGGGAUUGAAAGUAAAAACUCAUGUGUACAAUUUGAUAAUAAAUAGCUAUUGUAGAAAAGGUUUUCUGGAAAGUGCUCUUUCUUUGUUUUCCAAGAUGGCUGAGAGAAGUAUAUUCCAGAAUGCUGAUACAUACUGGUUUCUAAUAAAUGGUAUUUGCAAGGUUGGAGAGAUGGGGCUGGCAAUGCAAUAUGUUAAUGAGAUGCAGAACAAGGGAUUUGAAUUAGACAAUCUUGACUGCAACAUCUUGGCUGAUGGUUUUCGCAGCAAAGGGAUGACCAACGAGCUUUUUGAGUUACAGGCGUUGAUGGAGAAAAAAAGUUCUAAAGCUAAUGGGUUUAAACAGAAGAAAAAUGGAUAUGACUUUAUGAGGAAGCAGCCAGCUGUACAUAAUAAUUAAAAGCAGUAUGGGAGCGUCACUUUGGUCAUAUAUGAAGAAAUAAGGAAUUUGGUAGAAUCCUGUAAUUGUAAAAGCUGUUUUAUACUGAAAGAAAGGGGGGAGGGGCUAUCAUGGGAGAAUGAAGCUCGAUCAGAAUUGGGAUGGAGGAUCAGAAUUGCAUGCUGGAGCUGGAUCAUAAUCUUAGAUGUCAUCACACAUUUAUGGUAGGGAAAGCAGAAUAUAUAGUAAACCAGUUUGAAAUAUGCUAAAUGGGUUUGUGUGGAUAGCAGUGCAUAUGCAAAAAAAACUCUCAAGGCUGUGGAAGGAAAGAAAGAUUAAAUAUACUAGUUGAGGUCAUCACUAUGUGACUCCAUUCCGUAUGUUUACUCUGCCUGUGACAACAUCGAAGAAGAUUAAUUCUUAAGAGCAUCUCCUUCUGGUUAGUAUACUUUGCAUCUCCCUUUGGUAAUGGAUUGAGAAAUGAAUAUGAUUUAGAAAUAAAGGUACCACUAUAAAAGUACAGCUGAGUGCAUAUGUCCCUUUCCUUCAGCAGUUUUAUGUGAUUACUAUGUUUUGAUGGCUGGGGAGCAAGUGAUUCACAUCCAAUUGAACAUUGAGCACAGAGGGAGAUAGAGAUGAUUGCUGGCUUGACAUUUUUCUAUUUAGAGAGGCCUGUAGCACAUACAAUGCGAGGCUAGAGGGGAUUCUAAUCUGCAGAAUAGAUUGGAGAUGCUGACAUGUUGGUUUUGGUGAUACCUGAGUACAAGUUAUAUUAAUAUGAUUUCUUAAAUAGAUAGGAUUAGAUUGAAUUUGAUAAGUAUCCCCUACGGCCCUACCUGUGAGCCGAGGCUUAAAGUGGGAUAUGCAUGGAGACUUAUGGUUCUUGUUCUGUUGUCUUGUUUAAACGGCUAAGUGAUAUGCUCAUAGUCUACUGUAUGAUCAACUAGGAUUAAAUGAGCCUUACGCAUUACUCUCUACUUUAUUUUGAACUGUUUUUUGUUAUUAUCAGGGUUGUUGUUAUUAUAUUGUAAUAAAUUUUUGAUUCCCUUGCCAUUUAAAGUGCAUCCUUCAUGACUGUAAGAACAUAUUUGUUUUUGACUUCUCAUCCCAUUCAAUUUUCCUAUAGAAGAACAUAUUGAUAACAUGAUGCAAAAAUUAAAAUAACUCUGAGAACACCACUAAUUGAAUGAUUGCUCUGCAGCAUGAUAAGGCCUUUAGAAGCAAAUGCAGGAAGGGAAAAUUGUUUUGUAAUGAUGAGUUGGAGCCUUUAGAAAAUUAAACUGGAAAGUAAACUAAUAUAAGUAGUAGGAUAGCUC